CCUCGCGCGUGGACGAAAGAGGAUGUUGAGCUUCGAUGUCCUGCAAAGACAAGAUCCAGCUUCGAGAGGUCGUCCGUGGUCUCCCCGCAAGUGCAAAUGCCAGCCACGACCUCCGCACCCAAGGUUUCCCAUGCCGGCGCUGGGUCCCUCGGAAAGCGUAGGAGUUGUCGGAGUACAUCUGGUCACGAGCGAGCGCAAGCUCUUCGUGCACUCUUGGACUUCCAAUUUGGACUUCCAAUCCCAAACCCCCCGCGAACUGACCCGCCGUUCCAGCGGCCUCGCCGAACUGCACCAGUAGUUUGCCUACGAAGAUCUCCUUCAUAGCGUCGCUUUAAGCCUAACAAACCCAUCACUACCUCAAGAUGACUUCUCUGCACGCUCUCUCACCCAAGGCAGUAUCGGCACCCGGCAAGGUCUUCUUGGCGGGGGGCUACCUCGUGCUUGACCGCAAGUACACCGCUCUGGUAUUCGGCCUCGACGCCCGCAUCCACGUCUGCAUUGAGCCAAUUCGCACCAACAGCGGCGUCACUUUGUCUGAGAUUAUCGUGCGCUCGCCACAGUUCAAAGAAGCUACCUGGGAAUAUGGAUAUCGCUUGACCGAGCACGAUGGGGGAAUUGGCGUCACUCAGUUGCGGGCCUCCCACGACCUCCCCCUAACCCGGAACCCCUUCAUCGAAACGACGCUCACCUACGCCCUAACCUACAUAUCCUCCAACCUCCCACACCACCUGAUCCGCCCCUCUUCAAUCAGUAUCGUCGCUUCCUCCUCCUACUAUUCCAACCGCGGCACAGCCCCCAGUCCAACCUCGAAAUUCCAGGCCUUCAACAUCCCACUCCAUUCCGCGCACAAAACUGGGCUCGGAAGCUCCGCAGCACUCGUAACUAGCUUCACGGCGGCGCUGCUGACGUAUUACUUGCCCAAAGAGGUGUUCGAUUUGGAGAAUGAAGAAAGUCUCCGGAUUCUGCAUAACUUGAGUCAAGCCUCGCACUGCGCGGCCCAAGGAAAAGUCGGAUCAGGCUUCGACAUCGCAUCUGCUGUCUACGGCUCGUGUCUAUACCGGCGCUUCUCACCGUCCGUGCUGUCCUCUGCCCCCGAUCCCGGCUCCCCGGCCUUUGCUACAGAACUCAAGUCGCUCGUCGAAGAUGCAAGCCGCUGGGACACGCAAAUCCAGAAAUCGGCCAUCAGGAUGCCGCAGGGCUUGCGGCUACUGAUGUGCGAUGUAGACUGCGGGAGCGAGACGCCGGGUAUGGUGAAAAAGGUUUUGGCCUGGCGGGAGGAGAAUCCCGAGACCGCGGAGGCGAUUUGGGAUGAGCUACAGGCGGGGAAUGAGGCGCUAGCGGCGGAACUGACGAGACUGGCGACCGCGGAUGUGCAGAAUGGGGAUGUAGCAGAGAAGUAUGCGAGGCUGAGGGAGAUUGUGAAGGCGAAUAGGAGUCUGAUUCGCAAGAUGAGUGUCGAGUCUGGCGUUCCCAUCGAGCCUCCUCAGCAAACUGCCUUACUAGACGCAUGCUCAGGAGUUCCUGGCGUGAUUGGCGGUGUGGUCCCUGGUGCUGGUGGGUACGAUGCCAUCGUCGUGCUAAUCGAAGACAAAGAAUCCGUUAUCAACGGACUGAAGAAGCUCCUGGCCGGCUGGAAAGUCGACUCCAGUGCUGACGAUGGAGUCAAGAUUGGGAAAGUCGGGGUUCUAGGGGUGAGAGAGGAGAUGGUUGGCGUGAGGGUACAGGAUCCUGCGGAUUACAAGGAGUGGAUAGAUGUCUAG